AUGCAGCCUCCGAUUAAAUUUGUUGUACUUAAAAUGUACAUGCACUGUGAAGGCUGUGCAAAUGAUAUUAAGAGAAGUAUAGGAAGAAUGAAAGGAAUCUUAAAUGUUGAACCGGAUAUGAAGAAGUCGACUGUGACUGUUAGGGGAAAUUUUGAUCCACCAAAACUUGUUGAAGCCAUCGCCAAACAAUUUGGAAAGUAUGCAGAAAUCGUCGCUGAGGGACCCACCGACAAGGCAAAUGGAACGGGCAAGCAAGGCAAAGAAGAAGAGAUCAUGUUCCAUUAUCCUCCACAAUAUUCCCUACAACAUAUUUAUCCCACUCAAAUUUUUAGUGAUGAAAAUAUUCUCUCAUGCUCCAUAAUGUAAACCGA